CAGGCGCGUUGUCCCGUGCCCUUGAGCGGCGGCCCGGCCGGCGGUCGGAGGUGAGAGGUCGGAGGUGAAAGGUGAAAGGUCAGGGCGGCGGUCCGGCGGGCGAAGAUGAGCGUGCGGCCGGGGUCGGUGCCGCUGCAGUUCCUUCCGGAGCAGGCCCGGAGCCUGCCCCCGCCCCGCCUCAACGACCCGCGCCUCCUCUACAUCGCCUUCAUGGGAUACUGCGCCGGCAUCCUCAACAACGCCGUGCGGAGGAGGCCCGUCUUCAAGGCCGGGCUGCAUCGCCAGCUCCUCUACGUGACGGCCUUCUGGUGCGCCGGCUAUUUCAUGGUGAAGCGUGAGAACUUCAAGUACGCGCAGCGGGAUCAGGACAUGUUCGCGUACAUGGAGCGGUUUCCGGAGGACUUCCGAGACAAAGAAAAGAAAACGUACGGCGAGAUUCUCGAGCCCUUCCACCCGAUACGCUGAAGCUUCUCGCGGCUUCGGUGGUCCCCCGAGCCGGCGGGUCCCCCUCCGCGCGCGCAACAUCACGCCUCCUGAUUAAAAUAUCCAGUGGCCAUCCCCA